CAGUACCAGCGGUCGUCAGGCGGUGGUCACGAUGGGUCGGCGCGGCCGGCCGCCGUCAGCACCACUCCGGCCGCCUGUGCACGUGUAUCGGGACAAGCUACAGUAUGUGCUGCACAACGCGCUGCAACACGACCAGCUCCGCCCUGCUGGCUGCAGUAUGGCUCAUCCACCGGGUGGCACUGGCAGCAAAAUUUCGGCGUUCGCUGAGAGUGAGGUGGUGGAUGAGCCGGGUAGUAGACCGGCGCCGCCAACCCUUAGUCGGUGCAAACACCGGUAUACACGAGUCAUCGCGGCGCACGAGCGUCACGCAGCGCGGCGGGCAGCCGAGUCGCAGCGCGAGGUGCGCUCCCGGCUGUGGGCGCAGCUCCACCGGGCCGUGCAGCAUGCCGCCACUUCCCAGGUGCGGCCACACCAGCUGGAGGCUUACCAAACGGCCUGUCGGCUGCUGCCGCGCGCGCCCCACCUCGUCUGCGAGCUGUCGCUGGCGCUGCACGCCAGCGCUGAGCCCCAGCUGGCCUCGCUGCGGUCGUCCCUGGAGCCGCUGCUGCGCCACAUCGGCCUGGACCGUCCGGCCGCGCAGCUGGCGGCCUUCUCGGCGCUGGUGGCCGCCGGCCGGUCAGAGCAGGCGCGCCAUAUGGCGGCCGCCCCCCGCGACCGCGAUCGGCGCCGACAAGUCAUCGAUGGCCGCCUGUGGAGCGUCGUCUGCGAUUGGGCCCGGUGCGGCCGCGCGCCGUCUGACGAGGAUCGGCGCCGUCACCUGGUGGCGCUGAGUGCCCACCUGCGGGCGCUGACCACCGGUGCCGGGCGGCGACCAGAGCUGGACCGACUGGUGGCCAGUGCAGCCGCAGAACUGCGCUAGUUUCACCGCUCGCCGCCGCAGCUGCCACUGUACAUACCACCGGGCGACCGGUGCGUGCACUCGGUACAGGGAAGGCAUGCCAUUACCCUGGCCCUGUCGUGUCCCUGUCUCACAGCGCCGUAUGUUUUUGUUUCUCGACGGAGCCGAUAAUGGCUCAAAGGCUUUGUAAUCAGUCGAUCGGAAAUCAUAGCACUGCGACGCGCGAUGAUCCGCUCUUUUCAUUGGGCUUUCAAGCAGAUUAUUCGCCCAGUGUGACAGCAAAAAGCACCGACUUGUUUUGGCCGAAAACAAACUUUUUGCUGUUGCUGACAAAACUGGUAAUGAAUUUGUAUAUUGAUGAGCCCAUUCUGGCGUUUAUAGCCUUGCCUUGGUGUGAUGAUCUCUGGGUGACAGAUGUCAUUGCCUUCGAGUUACGAUUGUAUCGUCAGUUUUGUAAGAAAAGGCUAAUGUCAAUGUCGGUCUCUACGUACGAAGUUAGGAGCAGAAACGUCUUUUUUAUAAAUGCAAUUUGCGAAAAUCCA